CCUGGAGGCGGCCCAGCCCUCUUAGCUGUAGGGGAGGAGAUGGAGCCCGGCUCGCUGCUGGCGUCUGGGGCGCUGAGGGCCCGAGGGGGGUGCCUGAGGCCUCUGUGCAGGAAUUUUGCUCGCGGAUCCUGUCGAUGGGGCCAGAACUGCCGCUUCUCGCACGACAGAAAGUCAGCCCACAUCUGCAGGUACUUCCAGAGCGGGCUUUGCAGCUACGGAGAGCGGUGCAGCUACGAGCACAUCCGAGAGGAACCGGAGCUAGUGGGGACCCGCUAUGCCCCCGUGCCCCCUGGCCACCGUGGCUCGGAGCCCGGCAGUGUGCUGGGAGCCUGGCACAGCUCGGCCCGCCCUGUCCCCAGCGUGACACAUGCGGCCUUCAAGUUCCCAAGCGUGGAGGAAGAUAAAGACAAGGAGAACAUCCCGGCACCUGAUAAUCUCCCCCGUGGGGCCAUCGGCAGGGAGUUUGUCCUUGCACAAGCUCAGGGUGCCUCAGGCUACCAACCUCAAAGGCUGGGACGGCGUCCAAAUUCUAACCCCAGAGAGGCAGCGGUGGAGACAGCAACACGGACUGACCCUGUGGAGGUCCCCACGGAGCAGGGUGCUGCGGCAGCCCCGGUCCCCACCGCGGUGCUGAGGGCCCGGAGCGAGGCCGUGGUGUGCGGCAUCUGCAUGGACCGGGUUUAUGAGAAGCCACUGCCAGAGGAGCGGCUCUUUGGGAUCCUCCCGAACUGCAGCCACGCGUACUGCGUGGGCUGCAUCCGCAAGUGGCGUCGAAGCCGGGAAUUCCAGAGCGUGGUCAUCAAGGCCUGCCCAGAGUGCCGUGUCACCUCCAGUUACUACAUCCCCCACAAAUACUGGGUCUCGGAGGCAAGUGAGAAGGCGAAGCUCAUUGAAACCUUCAAGGCGCGGACAGGGAAAAUCAGGUGCAAGUUUUUUGUCCGGAACCACGGCCGCUGCCCGUUCAAGUCAGACUGCAUUUACCUGCACGAGCUGCCCGCUGGCCGGCCGUCGCAGCGCAGACGGCAGCGGCCAAGGAUGCCCAUCGAGUUCAGCCCUACUCCCUCAGAGAGCUCUGAUGAGGAGGAGGAGGAGGUCUGCAUGCUCGAGUGGGCUCUCACCCUGGCCCUGAUGGACACGGACUUUCGGUACUCACGUUACGGCCACGAGAUGCUCUUCGCCGACUUCAGCGACUCCGACUAAGCCAUGGGAUGCCCCCCUGGGCCUGGGUGCUGUUGGUGGCAAGGAAAGGUCUUCUGGAAGGGAGAAACAUCUGCUUUUAUUGCGUUCUGCUGCUCCUGGCAUUGGGGUGGCUCUGGGCAUGGAGGGUGUUGCAGGGGUGGGAUGGGGAAAUAGUCUGGCUGAUAUUUAUCAGCCUCCCCAUGUCGAUGGCUGAACCCCUGGCAGGUCUCACAUCCCUGCUCCCCCCAGGAAGCUGGGGUUGGGGUGGUGGUGACUGAGCUGCAGGGGUCUCGGGGCACUGGGGCACAGCACCCCCCUUUCCUUGCCCGCACCUCCUUGGCAGUGCAGCGCUUGGCGCCCAUGGGGAGACCUCCUGGGAGCUGAGAUGGGGUCUGGGAUGGGGGCUGGUUUUAUACAUGUAGGGGUGAUGUGGGGGGAGCUGGGCAGCUGAGGGGGACAUUGUUUUAAACUGCUUUUAACCAAAUCUGGAUAUUGGGAAAUAAAAUGGGUCAUUUAAAAUAA